GAUUUGCGAGACCCACAACUCCGCGCGCGAACCGUCAUCUGCCUCUUUCCGCCGACAUCUUGGAUCGGUAACACUAGCCACCAUGGUGCGUAUGAACGUGCUGGCCGAUGCGCUCAAUGCCAUCAACAAUGCCGAGAAGCGUGGCAAACGUCAGGUGAUGCUGAGACCCAACUCCAAGGUCAUUGUGAAGUUCCUGACUGUGAUGAUGAAGCAUGCCUACAUCGGAGAGUUUGAGAUUGUGGAUGACCACAGAGCUGGCAAGAUCGUGGUGAACCUGACUGGGCGGAUGAACAAGUGUGGGGUGAUCAGUCCCCGCUACGAUGUGGCCGUGAGGGAUCUGGAGAGCUGGCAGAACAGACUGCUGCCUUCCAGACAGUUUGGGUACAUCGUACUGACCACGUCAUCAGGCAUCAUGGACCACGAGGAAGCCAGGAGAAAGCACACAGGAGGGAAAAUCUUAGGCUACUUCUUCUGAUCCAGUCUAAACCGCUCUGCUGAGGUCCGUGCCGACGCUCAGACAAAAAAUAAUAAACUUGUCACAUGUAGACCA